GCACGUGGGCUGCUUGGCUCCGCCAAAUGGAACUUCAUCUCACGACUCGAAACUACGUUGGCAAGGUAUCGUUACUGUCCAUGCUUGAUACGGCGCAGCAUGGAAGCAGCAUGGAAGCAGCAUGUCACCAUUCUGCGACAACCCACGAGUCGCGCCGAGCCAUGCGAAUCGAGGCCGAGGACCGGCGAUGGAAAGCAAGGGCAAACACUCGUGGCGUGCUCAGGUUGCCUCCAGCUGGAGUCUGGCGCCACCCUACAAACUUCGAUGGUGUGAUGGUCAGCUGCGCUCGCAAGCCCCAUACAGAGGCGCACACCAUAAGCACGUAUACCCGCACGCGAUAGGUUGUCCGUCACGAGGCGCUGCCCUGGUUGCUUUCAUCCCAUGCCGAAUGGCUGUUACUACGGUUGUGUCAUCAUCGCGCUGGGCCGGGAACGGAAGAGCAACGAUCCAGACCCCGGGCCGCCAAGACGAACACAAUAUGCAUCGCCUGCGCGAAAAGUAUAAAGCAAACAGACUUCCGAACAUGCAUACUCUCGGGGCAGUCGGCUGGCCUGAUGCAUGCUCUGCGCGUGUUCAACAUGCCUGAGCGUCGGCUAAAAUGCACUCUGUCAGAAAGCCCCACGGGCGCCGUCAUAACUAUCGUUAACUUAGCGGAUUCUAUCAUGGCGGAUCGCGGAUCGUGGGCCAAGAUCUAUCCAAGCAACGGCGUCUUUAGCCACAACACUUAUCUCGACCUCCUCUCUUCCUCGAG